CCCCCCGGCCGUUUGGGGGGCUCUGUUUCCGUUUCCGGGACCUGAAUCCGGAAGUGGCCGUUGAGGGGCCUCUUCCUAUCUUCAGCUGCUGCGGCUGUGAGAGGACGGUGAACGGCCAUGGCGGCAGUCGCAGCAGAUCCGGCGGCUGUGGAUGCGGCCGAGGACCGAGAGCCACAGCGCAAAGCCGUGCCGGGCCUGGAGAGCCAGCGGCGCCAGAUCAAGAGCAGCGAGAGUGGGCGAGAGCGUCCCCUGCGGGCCGGCGAAAGCUGGUUCCUCGUGGAACAGCACUGGUACCAACAGUGGGAAUUGUACGUGCAGGGAGGAGACCAGGACUCCAGCACCUUCCCUGGCUGCAUCAACAAUGCUAAGCUCUUUGAAGACCAGGUAAACUGGCGCCUCAAGAAGGGACUGGUGGAAGGUGAGGAUUAUGUGCUGCUCCCAGAGGCUGCUUGGCAUUACCUGGUCAGCUGGUAUGGUCUAGAGCAUGGCCAGCCGCCAAUUGAGCGCAAGGUGGUUGUGCCUUCGUCUUUGUGUAUAUGCUGUGUGGGUACACCUGCGUAUGCGCCCUUCCAGGUCGUGGAGCUGCUCAGUAUCCAGGAGGUCGAGGUGUACCCAGUAGAACUGCUGCUUGUCCAGCACAGUGAUAUGGACACACCUUGCACUGCUCAAUUCAGCCACACAGAUUCUGUUGACCUAGUUUUGCGUACCGCUCGAGAGCAGUUUCUGGUGAGCCCCCAGGAAGAGACACGACUGUGGGUCAAGAACGCAGAGGGCUCUUUUGAGAGGUUGUGCAACACACGUGUCACAGUGCUCGACGCCGCCCUCAAGACUGGGCAGCUGGUUGUCAUGGAGACCCGAAACAAGGAUGGCACUUGGCCCAGCGCACAGCCGCAUACCACGAAAAGUGCAUCAGAGGAUGAGAACUUCCAGGGCCAGCCAGGCAUCUGUGGUCUCACCAACCUGGGCAACACGUGCUUCAUGAACUCAGCCCUGCAGUGCCUCAGCAAUGUGCCACAGCUCACUGAGUACUUCCUCAAAAACCGCUACCUGGAGGAGCUCAACUUCUGCAACCCACUGGGCAUGAAGGGUGAGAUUGCAGAGGCCUAUGCAGACCUGGUGAAGCAGGCGUGGUCUGGCCACCACCGCUCCAUCGUGCCCCAUGUGUUCAAGACCAAGGUCGGCCACUUUGCGUCCCAGUUUCUGGGCUACCAGCAGCAUGACUCACAGGAACUGCUGUCGUUCCUCCUGGAUGGGCUGCAUGAGGACCUCAAUCGUGUCAAAAAGAAGGAAUAUGUGGAGCUAUGCGAUGCGGCUGGGCGACCAGAUCAGGAGGUCGCUCAGGAGGCCUGGCAGAACCACAAACGGCGGAACGAUUCUGUGAUCGUGGACACUUUUCAUGGCCUCUUCAAGUCCACGCUGGUAUGCCCUGAUUGUGGUAACGUGUCUGUGACCUUUGACCCCUUCUGCUACCUCAGCGUCCCACUGCCUGUCAGCCACAAGAGGGUCAUGGAGGUCUUCUUUGUCUCCAUGGACCCCCGCCGCAAGCCAGAGCAGCACCGGCUAGUGGUCCCCAAGAAAGGCAAGAUCUCGGAUCUGUGUGUGGCUCUGGCCAAACACACUGGUGUCUCGCCAGAAAGGAUGAUGGUGGCUGAUGUCUUCAGUCACCGCUUUUAUAAGAUCUACCAGCUGGAAGAGUCUCUGAGCAGCAUCUUGGAUCGAGAUGAUAUCUUCAUAUAUGAGGUGUCGGGCAGGUCUGCUAUCGGUGAGAACUCCAGAGAGGAUGUUGUCCUUCCUAUCUACCUGCGGGAGCGCACCCCAGCCCGGGACUACAACAACUCCUACUAUGGCCUGAUGCUCUUUGGGCACCCGCUCCUGGUGUCUGUGCCCCGGGACCGGCUCUCCUGGGAUGCCCUAUAUCACAUCCUCCUGUACCGCCUCUCACGCUAUGUGACCAGACCUAGCUCAGAUGACGAGGAUGAUGGGGAUGAGAAAGACCUGGAGGAUAAGGACAACAUCCCCAAGCCUGGACACGUGGCUGGGGGCAGCUCCCAAGACCCUGGGCCCGAGCAGGCUGGGCCCAGCUCUGGAGUUGCAGGCGGGAGCCGGGCCCCUGUGGACAACUCCCCUGGACCAUCUCACUGGCCCCAGAGGGCACGGCGCAAGCACCUGUUUACCCUGCAGACAGUGAAUUCCAACGGGACCAGCGACCGCUCGACUUUCAACGAGGAUACCCAUGGUGUCUCCUUCAGCUGUGAGCCAGGGUUGGGGAGGCGGGAGGGGGGUUUCCUUGGCAGCAGGGCCCAUGACCACCUCCCCUCGCCCCCAGCCCAGCCGUACAUUGCCAUCGACUGGGAACCAGAGAUGAAGAAGCGUUACUAUGACGAGGUGGAGGCUGAGGGUUAUGUGAAGCAUGACUGCGUUGGGUAUGUGCUAAAGAAGGCUCCGGUGCGGCUGCAGGAGUGCAUUGAGCUCUUCACCACUGUUGAAACCCUGGAGAAGGAAAACCCCUGGUACUGCCCCUCCUGCAAGCAGCACCAGCUGGCCACCAAGAAGCUGGACCUCUGGAUGCUGCCUGAGACACUCAUCAUCCACCUGAAGCGCUUCUCCUACACCAAGUUCUCCCGCGAGAAGCUGGACACCCUUGUGGAGUUUCCGAUCCGAGACCUGGAUUUCUCUGAGUUUGUCAUCAAGCCGCAGAACGAGUCGGCCCCAGAGCUGUACAAAUAUGAUCUCAUCGCCGUUUCCAACCAUUAUGGGGGCCUGCGUGAUGGACACUACACGACGUUUGCCUGCAACAAGGACAGUGGCCAGUGGCACUACUUUGAUGACAGCAGCGUCUCGCCUGUGACUGAGAAUCAGAUUGAGUCCAAGGCAGCCUAUGUCCUCUUCUACCAACGCCAGGACGUGGCGCGUCGCCUGCAACCCCAGCCUGCCUCAUCUGACCCCCCAGCAUCCCUGGGCUCCAGUUCCCCACCCAACUCUGAGUUCAUGGAUGUAAACUGACAGGCCCUGGCUCCGCCACAGGGAAGGACGCCAUCUCUGCUCUCUUCUACCCCGUAUCCAUCCCCAUCCUCUUACCUCUGUUAGGUUCCCCGUGCCAGGCAUCACAGGCUUAGUUGUGGCUACUGUUCUCCUGUGCCGCUAUAUUGCUCUCUCCCAGAGAAGACGACGUCGUGUCUCCUCCCAGCAGUGUGUUCCCCGCCUGUGUUUGCCCCUUAGAGCUUUCACCUUCCCUUCUCUUCUCUAUUUAUGGUUGUCCCUUUCCCUCCGUCCUCAUCUUGGGGUGUUCUGAGCCGGGUGUGGUGGGUGCACCUGAACACAGAGUGUAUUUUCUUAUCAAGACCUGUACCUUCCACUCUGUAUAUAUAAAGUGCCAGUGUGUUCCUC